UUUCAGUUUAUAGCUAAUGAAUACAAUGGAAGAUCUCGGGAGUUAUAAGCUUCAGCUUCAGCAGGUCGAAGCAGCAUUGCUAACUGAACCAGAUAAUGAUGAAUUAUUAAAGCUGAAAGUCGAUUUGCAAGAAAUUAUUGCUCUUCAAGAAGAAUUAACAUCAGCAACAGCCGAACAACCAAGCAGUAUGGCUUCCGAUGAUGCUAUUAAAAACCCUUGGAAGGUAGGAGAUCAGUGCAUGGCGCCAUCCUCGAAUGGACAAAAAUAUCUGGCAGUGAUUGAUGGAUUUGCGCAAGAUAAUGUUGCUGUUACACUGGUCGGUAAAGGAACAAAGUCUAUGGUUAACGUGAACAAUUUAAGUGCAGUUUCGAAAGAUGACGGCAAAAUGUAUGUUUGGGAAAAAUCAGCCAAAAAUAUGCGUCACCGCAAAAGCGAAUGGCAGAUGGAGCGCGAAAGACGACGACUGCGAGCACUUAAAAAAGAGCACCGGAAAAAGGAACUAGAAGAAGCAAAGGAGGACGAGAAGAGGAAAUGGCUUUCUUUCAAUGCAAAAGCAGCAAGUCGAAGCAUGAAAGGAUUUAAACGGCCUACAGCAUCUGGAUCAGCUCCUGAUGGACCGGCAUGGGGUAUUACUUCACAGACGAGGAUAUCAUCACGACAAGAUCUCGGUGCUUUCAAAUCUACGCAGCGUGGAAAUAUGGAUUCAUUGUUUUAAUUUUCAUUACAUAAGAUUCUCGUUAUCCUGUGUAUUGCUGAAAAGGAAAUUCCAAGGCACUAAAGAGAGGGAGCGAGGAGGAAUCGGAAGUACACUUGCUACAUUUGUACUACAUUUGGAUAUUCCUGCAAAUAUUUUCUGAACCAAUAUGUUUAAACUCCCAAGCUAUGAAUAUUGUUUUCGGAAACACUUUGUUGUUCGGACGGAGGAGGAUGCGAGGAAGCAAGAGCGAAUGUCACGAGAGGUCAUGAAAAUUGAAUAUUUGUAUUGUGGAACUUUUUGAAAUAUUGUGGGUAGGAUAGUCGAAUAUUGGUUGGCGACGGUUUGAUAGAUGGAGAAGUAUUAUACUUUACAAGGGAG